AUGGAUACUCAGUCUCAGAACCCCCCAGUCGCUCAGCAUGGCUCGUCCGACGAGGAUGAAGUCUCCGCAACGGAGGUGGAACCAUUGGGAGAAGCCACACCACUAGGCAAAGCGACCUUGUCAGAAUCAAUGAUGAGUGAGGAGAGUUCCAUUUUCAACGCCCUACGGACAGACUCUGGCACCGAAGAGCUCGGCUCGAAAUUUGGCUCGGCAUGUCAUUCUCGUGGCAAUCUUGAUAGCAGGAUCGCUGCCAAUAUGGCCAUGUUUGUCCCUCUUGCGCCUGAAGCAACGGAUCCUUUCCAGCGGGCGGACCGUGAGCCAAAGUAUUAUCCGGAAAAGAAUACACAAUCCCCUGGUUGGCAUCCCCAGUUAGCAUUGGACAGCCGUGUGCUAUCCACAGAUGAAGGGAAGGCGGUUGUAGCCUUACCUGCAGACGACUCGCUGAAACAAAACCUUCUUGAUGCGUUGCACCUCAGGAAGGCAGUUAGUCUCAACGAUGCAGAUGAUACCUCGAGAACGUUUAAAUGGCCGGGUAACCUUGACUCACCAGUCAGCCCUGCACUUCCCACUUAUCCUCCACCAGUGAGAGCGCCCACACCCCCUGGACUUCCUUCAUUCGGGACUCGAGAAGCUGUCUACUACACUGCCCAAUUUCCUGUCCGUUCUGCUACUACCAGUGGGCGAACGCAGCAGUCAAGUCCAAGCCCGCCUAGGCGUGCGGGUAGGCGCGUUGCUGAUGGCUCUAGAACGGGAUCCUACGGAGGGAUGCUACGAAGGCUCCUCAGUUUUUCAUCGUCUCCUCCCCCGCAGCCUAGACGUCAGACAUAUAUUGUGGCAAGGGCAGAAGAUGGUACUGCGGUUCAAGGUCGCUUUCCUUAUAGACAGAGUGGCCACGGCAUGAAUUUGGCUAGACGAUUGGAGGAUCAUCCCUUUCACCGAACUGCCAUUCCAGCUACUUGCGAAGAUGGUGUUGAUGUUGACAGCAGCGCUACACAGGAUGGACAAAUUAACCGAAGGCUCUCAGACGUGAAACGGGACCAGGCUGACAGCACCGAUCCUGCAAACACAAGCGCUGGUAGUCGCAUGCGAAGACAUCGCCCACAGAUAGGACUGAAUAGCUUACUACCGUUGCCUCGCCCAGUUUUGGCAUCUUCUUCUCAACGACCAGCCUCGGCAAAUGCUUCUCUUCCUACUUCUAGAGUCGACUCGUUUUACACCUGUGCAUCUCGUUCGCAAAUGCCAGGCAUACCCAGGCACAUGGAAAGCCACGAUGCCCGAGGCACUGAGAGCGUGGGGGAUUCUGCGGCAUGCUAUCUUGCACCCACGGAGUCACCACCCGUCUUUACCGCACAGGAAGAAAUUGAGUCCGCCAACUUUAACUCGAGUCCUUGGCUACAAUCGCUGCGUGACGUCAACUCUUGGUUCUCAUGCUGCAUGGGGGCUCGUAAUGAGCAGGACGCCGCCAUUCAUUCGAAUACGGCCUCCAAUGACACAUACGCCACUGCGAGAAGCCAUCUUUCAUCUAAUGCAGCAGAACAUACGCAUCCUAAUGCCCCGAAAAAUCAGGUGCAAAGCCUACAGCAGUGGCUCUCAGGAGUUUGGAGGUCGCUUCAGACGUUACCUUUUCGCAACGUCCCGGUCACAAGCCCGAUGUCGGCCUGA